AUGGCGGUCAACGAUCUCCCCUCCAAGCCAACAGAGGUCUCUGAGAACCCGAUAUCUCUGGACUCUCACCCUGUGGAAGAUGACCCAGAUAAGCAGGAUGGAGUGCGAGUUGCGGAAGCAAUCACAGCUUCGUGGUCGCGAAGUUCCCUCAUUACAGUCUAUGCCUGUAUGUGGCUCUUGUAUUUUGUGAAUGCCCUUCAGUCGAGCUUGACUUCCAACUUGUCGGCGUAUAUCACGAGCGGUUUCUCAGAGCACUCGCUGCUGACGGUCAUCAGUGUUGUGACCAGUGUGAUGGGAGCAGCCUGCCUGAUGCCCAUUGCCAAAGUAUUGAAUAUCUGGGAUCGUACCGUCGGCAUGGCCAUCAUGGUUCUGAUUGCCAUCAUGGGACUAAUCAUGAUGGCUAGUUGCACAAACAUUGCAACAUACUGUGCUGCUCAAGCAUUUUAUACAGUCGGCCUUACUGGUGUCAUCUUCUGCGUUGACGUCCUUACUUCUGACACCUCCUCGUUGCGCAAUAGAGGUAUCGCCUUCGGCUUCACUUCAUCACCAUCCGUCAUCACUGCAUUCGCCGGAUCCCCCUUAUCCAACCAAUUUCACAAGACGAACUGGCGAUGGGCAUACGGAACCAUCUGUAUCAUUCUUCCGAUCAUCGCUCUUCCUUUGAUGGUCACCUGGGAACUGGCUAAGCGGAAGGCAGACAAAGAGGGUCGCCUGCAGUACAAGGCAAAAAACACUCGUACAGCAUGGGAGAGCUUCAAAUUCUAUUUCGUUGAGUUUGAUGUCAUCGGUAUCUUCCUCAUGGUCGGUGGUUUAAUCCUCUUCCUCGUCUCAUUCAACAUAGCCGGGAAUACAGAAAACCAAUGGCGGUCCGCAAAGAUUAUCUCAAUGAUGGUGGUCGGCUUUGUUGUCCUCAUUGCUUUUGGGGCCUACGAGCGAUGGUUCGCAAAGAAGCCAUUCGUCCCUGCCCACCUUCUCGUCAAUCGGACCGUCAUCGGCGCCUGUCUUCUCGAUGUCACAUACCAGGUGUCAUACUACUGCUGGGCAACAUACUUCACUUCAUUCCUGCAAGUCGUGUACGGAACCAGUCUUACACAAGCGGGCUACAUCAGCGCGAUUUUCGAUUUCAUGGACCCAAUCUGGCUGAUUGGAUGUGGCUACCUGAUUCGAGUGACCGGGCGCUUCAAAUGGUUACUGAUGUGUGCAGUCCCACUGUACAUCCUCGCCUCUGGAUUGAUGAUCUAUUUCCGCUCCCCCGGCCACAGCGUCGGAUAUAUGUGCAUGUGUCAGAUCUUCCUGGCUGUCGGAGGAGGCACACUGAUCCUGAUUGAACAGGUUUCUGUUCUGGCCGCUUCGAAGCAUGAAGACUAUGCGGCUAUGUUGGCGUUGCUAAGCACUUUUGGAAAUAUUGGCGGUGCUGUGGGUAAUAGUGUGUCCGGUGCUAUCUGGACUAACAUUCUCCCUAACAAACUGCGGGAAUAUUUACCUUCAGAGACCAGGGACUCGUGGUCGGAGAUUUACGAGUCUCUUGAUCUUCAGCUCAGUUACCCUUUGGGAUCUACUACUCGGAUUGCUAUCCAGGAUGCGUAUGCUUACACUCAGCGUAUCAUGCUGAUUGCCGCUACUGGUAUUAUGUGCCUGUCCAUCGCGUGGGUACUGAUGAUGAGAAACAUCAAGGUUUCUAAAGAGCAGACUGCCUCGCAGGGCUUGCUUUGA